AUUGCUGUGCGAAGGCUGCCGAACGUCAAACGUAAAUCGGAGAGCGAACGCACAGCACGGUCUUCUCGCGAAGUCGACACAAGCAACAGAGAAAAAAUUUCCCUUGCUCGGUACAGGUCCGACAACGCCGUCGUUUAGUGAAUAAAACAAUACGGAAAUUUAAGUAAACAGGUUUCUUAAAGGAAUCAAAAACGAUUUUUUAACGUGCUUGAGUUUGUGUGGAUAUAAAAAUAACUCCUCAUUCUCCACAUACGGGUAGUGAAAGUUCGGUUUCGAAUGCGUUUUGCGUUGAAUCGUACCGCGGUGGAAAAGAAGCAGCAAAAAAACUCGCUCUAUUAGUUUUCCCGUUAGUUUCGGUGGUCUUACUCUAGCGUACACGUUUUGAACGGAAGCCGAACUUGUGCGACACACAGCACCAACAACAACCAAACACCCCCGUGGUCGUAGUAAAAUUAUAACGCGGAGUACGGAAUAUUGAUUUUUUCAUCAGUGUGUGAAAAGCGUGGAAAACCAUAGCAGAAACAAAAAGCAAAAAAAAACCGACCCUGUUUGAGUACGUGACUACGAGCACACGACACGAGUUUUCCGUUUGACAGAAACGUAUUUGUAUUGUUUUGUGUAGUUGUGUUGCACGCGCGCGUGUGUGUGGGUUUACGAGAACGAGUUUGCAGCAUAUUUGUUUGCGGAAAGUUGUAAAAGAAACGGAUAUAACUCGGCGCGGAUUUAACGCAUCCACUUUCCCAAACCGCAAAGAUGGCUUUCAUGAUGCCGGUGAUGAAGAACGAGUUCGAUAUCUACAAAGGGCGCCAGCGGCGGAUAUCGGAAUGUUCGAACCAAAGCAACUGCCGGUCGCGCAAAGUGUCGGAAAGUUCCCGCUCGGAUUGCCCCAGCCUGUCCACCUCGCCCGGAAAUGAAGGUUUCAUGUCGGGUUCGCCGGCCCACCGCAGCCAUCCGAUGUACAUGUCGCACCUUGCCUCCCGGUCACAGUUCUCGCGCAACUCGUCCCGCACCUCGCAAAGUUCGCUGAUCGCCUCGAGCCCAUCGAAGGCCAGCUCGGGCAGCAGUCCACCGAAAGGGGCAACGGGACCAGCGGUACCGGCCGCAGCCGCCGGAAGCCAGAACAGUUUGAACAAGUUCCACACCCGGCUGGUUGACAAGUUGCGAAAGUCGCUUCGCAAAAGCAAGUCAACCGACGGCCGAUCAUGAGAGGCGAGCGGGAGUGCUGGCGCCGAAGAGGACGACGAUCCCGAUCCGGAUCCGGACGACGACGACCAAGACGAUACGCCCGGGGACGCGAAUCAUCGCCGCGGCAGCCGGUUCGGUAGGCGGCAGCUGGAACAGGAAGAGGUACGGGAAGCCUGUUCGGACAGUGUUCUGCAUGUGCACCAUCGGAAACCACCGCUGCCCAGAACGACGACGCGAGCAACGGCAAUGACAACGACAGCAGCGAUGGCGGGAAAGGUACGUUCCAGACGGGGCACCUACAGUGCACCACGGUAACUUUGCCGGGUGUCGUUUCGUACGUGCGCCAACCAGAACCCCAGUCCACAUGGUGAUCCAGACCCGGUUGAGGGGGUGUUGAACCGAUUUCACCCAUUCAGAGAGCAACGAGAGACACAUAAGACGAGUAUGGCUUAUUAGUAUCGUAAUAUUAAACCUACUUAUAGUAUACUAGACAAAAGCAGCAGCAGCAGCAGCAGCAUUAGAAGAAGAAGAAAGAGAAGCAUUGCAAACAAAACAAAACAAACGGGUGCGCAGCAUUGACCAGGCAACACAUAUACACCACAAUAUAGUUGUUAUAUCGUAUGGCUAGCUAAUAUAAACAUCUAUCAUCCCGCUCAUUAGCAUUGUACUAUUUUGGGUGCCUCUUCGCUUUCUGCACAAUGUGUGGAAAGCUUGGCAUACGAACAGAAUCAAAAACUAUUGAUUUUAUACGUUUUAAGUGUUACGAAUGUUACGAAGUGGGAGGGCACCGAUUAUGCACCGGUGGACAGGGAAAUGAUUAUUUUCCUUUUAGUAGAUUUUAAGCCAGAAGAAAUAUUUAUAAAUGCUAUGCUUCAAUGCAUCUACCCGAACCAUUUCCCUUUCUCUCAACCUUUUAGUUUAGUUCUGUUCCUUUAGUUUAGUUUCCGUAAAUUUGCCGCCGUAAGCUGUGUGUUUCCUAUGCAUUGUUCAGCAUUGGUAUCAGUUUGUAUGAUGAAAUUAAAUGUUCUUUUGAUUUGAACAAGACAUUUUUGGUACAGAUUAAAUUGAAACCUUGAAUUGAAACUCACUCACAUAAAAAUACAACCUUGCCACAACCACCUGUGAUACACGUCUCUUCGGUACACAUCGAUAAGCCUUUUCAAUGGAGCAAAACAACACUGAGGGCAGAAGGCAUUAUGUAUCGCGCAGCAAGGAAAUGAUACAGGAGUACUAAAGCAUCAUGUUGGGGGGGACAGUAUUUUGUCACCAAACAUAGCAAAAUAUCAACAAAAACACCUUGUACAUUUAUGGAGGCGUUGGAGCAAACUUAUAUUGCGAAUUUCCGGCUACAAUGCAAAUGGUAUCAGUGGAAUCACAACGAAGCAGGAGAAGAGCCUGAUAGAUACCAAAUACAAGUGUGUAAUUGCUUCCAUUAGGAAAUACAGCCAGCGGUUGCCAUUUCCUUUUACGCCUCUGUAUCCAACCGACCAUUUUGUUUUAUGUUUCUCUCCCAUUUAGAAAUACAGUUGUUUUAAUGAAAAGUUUUGCUUUUUACACACAAAACAAAAGCUGUGAUUCGUAGUGGUGGAACAAUGUGUUGAUAUCGAAUUGUGAAUGCUUUUAACGUAGAGAGGAAAACAAGUAAAUGUCUUGCAGCUACAGCAAUGAGGAUUUAUAUUUAACAAAAAAAGAAAACAGUAGAAGAAUUAGACCAAUUGGUUUCGUUAUGAAAAAUUCGAAAAGACACAUUAUUUAUAGGGCUUGUUAAUAAUAUGGUGUGAUUGGUAUAGGGUUCGUUCAAUUGUUUGUAUUGCAUUAAUGCUACACAGAAGGAUAACACAAGGAGAAAAGAAUUCUAAAAAUUACACAUAGGUGCAGAUAAGAUUGCCGAUUUUGAAAUUUAGAAUCAAAAGAAGCAUUAAUAUAUUUGGAUGUAGCUUACACACAACAAAUAACGAAAAAUAUGGCUCAAAGCAUCUCACGAACGAUAACUAAACAUAGACAGAACAGUUCGAGUUGGAAAUACAGGAUACUUAAGGUACUCUUUGAUUCUUUUUCGUUCCUAUCCGUCAUUUCACUGAUAAUGGUGGCUGUACCAGUAAUGGCAACAGCUUAUUUCGAUCGGCGCAUUUCCUAUUGACCUUCAGGGCUAUCUCCUUACCAUAAUGACAAGAGAUUGUACGAACAUGUCUUUUUUAAACUUCAACUCUGAACUUGAUGUUGCAAUACCCAAAGCUGAUUUGAAGGCUUCUAAUCACAUGAAGCUUGCGGGUAAUAGAACACCGGAUGCAUCAUCAGGGCUUCUAUUACAACAACGGCAAACGAUGCUGAAAGAGUAAUCGUUAGCUCCAGAAGAACCUAUUGGACUUUUUGUCUCCCUUUUUCUGAAGGGAGCUCACUGUAUGGUAACUGACCUUUUUUCUUCAAAGAAAGCUAAAGUAAGGAAAGCACAUCAUACGCAAAAGGGGUUAGGUAUAAGUUACACACGCUUUACAUCCACACACUUUCGAUCGUAAAAGACUGCUGCUGACUUUAAACACCUCUAAUCCUCGUUAUAGCUUUCACUUUUGUUAAAUGCUUCAGCGUUUCCCAUCGAAACGUCCAAGACAGCAGCACGUAGAUUUAAGGUUGUAGCAAGGGGUACAGAGGAUUCCAACUGGAGUCAUUGAUAAAGGCAGUUAGUAGCAAUCGCUCCGAGGACCUCUUGUUUCAUUUCAUCGCAUUCUGAAGUUGACCAAGUUGAAUAUUUAUAUCCCUACGCGUGGUAUUAAACCAUAAAAAAACACAGGCAGCCGAAUACGGAGACACAUAAUUGAACGUGAUCAGCAAAAAAUAAAUUAUGAUAAAAACAUGUUAACCGGCAGUAGACGGAACACCGGAGCAGGAAUCAGGAAUGAAACCUUACAGGCCUUUAGUUAUAGAAAAAGAAGAAGGGAAAACACACACACACACGGAAGACACAUUCCACUUUUGCCAAAUUCUAAGUCACAACGUGUGUGCUUGUGAGGCAGGGCUAGGCAAACUCAAUUUGGCAUACCGUCACGAAUUGCUGGAUGGUGACAUAAAUUACACCGACAAAUAUGUCUGGCAUUGCUGCCGUGUUGGCAUAAACCUUAUCUACCUUAUCUCUACUACAUUAUCCCAACCAAAAAUCUAAAAUAUUCAAACAAUAUGCUACCGGCACCGGUAAACACUAUCAAAAAUCAACAUAAUCAACCGAAUCGCGUACCAUUGUAUAAGCCAUAUACAUAUAAUUAUAUACUAAGCCAAUAAAAUGGAACCAUAGUUCCGCCAUUUGUAAAACCAAAACAAAGAA